UAAUAAUAAAAAAUGUGCUAUAAAUAUACAAAUCAGUACGUAACAACUUUAAAAAGGAUUUAAUAACAAUUGUAUUAUAAUUACGGCAAUUAUUAUCACGCUGAAAAGGAUGAAACGGGUAAAUUUGCGGUUGCGGCGGCGUUUAUCCAAUUCCCCGUUGUUCGUACGUAAAAAAACACUCGCACAAUCGUAAAUUUAUGCGCGUUUUAUCGCAGUAUUAAUAAAUAAAAUCGGUGUUUUGUUAGAGAAAGUAGACGCUGACAUUUACUUUUGCCUCCUAUCCUCCAGUCUAAGAGAAUGGGCUCGGGUGCAACACAAUAUGGUCAAUCUAAAACCGUUCCGAGAUUAUAAAUACGUGAAAAUCGAUAGUGAUUCCCAAGAACUGUUUAACAGCGUCCUUGAGGAUGGACACGAAACUUCCUAUCUGAAUAUCCAGGAUUUAAUCAUGACGAAGGGGAAGAGGAAAAAACGGACGUGGAUCAUGGCCGGGGUGGCGUGUGUGAUCAUUCUCGCCCUCAUCAUAGCCGCCAUUGUUCUGUUGUCCAACGAGAAGAAGAUCAAGAAGUACAGGUUGCCGCAGGCCGAGGGUCUGUCGCUGGACGACGUGAUCUUGGGCCGGCUCAAUCCGAAGAGCUUCAACGCCACGUGGAUAUCUGGCAAUGAACUUUUGUACACCGACGAUAGCAAAAACCUCGUCCGACUUAAUCUCAAAACCAUGAACAAAACCGUCGUCCUGUCCGCAUCUGAUGAGCUACUGCUAUCGGCGUUUGAUUUCAAGGAGUCGGCCGACAAGAAAUUCCUGCUGGUUUCUCACGACUAUCAAAAGAUCUACCGGCACAGUUACCGGGCCAGGCACACAAUCAUCGAUCUGAGCACCGGAGGCAGGAACGAACUGAAAGCUGGUAACAACCCCGAUCUGCAGCUGGUCGUAUGGGCCCCAGUAGGAAACGGAUUGGCUUUCGUGUUCGAGAACAAUAUCUACUAUAAAAAGGAGGCGCACGACGGCGAAGCCGUCCAGCUUACCAAAGGCAAUCCGGUCAUCUAUAACGGAAUACCCGACUGGGUCUACGAGGAGGAGGUGUUCAGCUCAAACAAGGCGUUGUGGUUCUCUCCGGACGGCAAGAAAAUUGCCUACGGCAAGUUCAAUGAUACCAGGACGCAGGUCAUGGUGUUGCCUAUCUAUGGGGAGCCGGGGAAUCCCCUGUUCCAAUAUCCUAGAGCUAACUUCAUCAGAUACCCAAAAGCUGGCACUCCAAAUCCUGAAGUUAGUUUGCACGUUAUUGAUCUGGAAAACCCGUCGGAAGACAAGGAGCUGAUGCCUCCUGAAGAUCUGAUCAACAAUGAACCAAUACUGUCAGCUGUAGCCUGGUCGGACAACAACGCAGUGUCAGCAAUUUGGAUGAACCGUGUACAAAAUCAAGCUUCAAUCAUCUCAUAUCUUACUAAAGAUCCGUUCACAACUCAAACUGUUAAAAAACUGAAACAAGCUAAUGGCUGGUUGGAGCUAUUUACUCCACCAAUUUACUCAAAGGAUGGUUCAAAAUUUGCCCUGAUUUUGUCUCAGGAUCAAGGCAAAGGACUGGGGUCUUACAGACACUUAACUUUGUUAUCCCAAGCUGAGAACUCGCAAGAAGAACCCCUCACCAAAGGCACGUUCGUCGUCACAGAAAUUUUAGGGUGGGACCACAAGAACAACCUAAUUUAUUAUUUAGCCAACACCCCCAACGACUCAUCGGUGCAGCACUUGUACAGCGUAGCUCCAGACUCGAAACAAAUCAAAUGCUUGUCCUGCGACUUGAAGGUCGACAACAACACGUUGUGUACUUACAACUCGGCUGAUUUCAGUCCGGAUUACUCGACGUAUGCGAUAACGUGCGCAGGUCCUGACGUGCCGCAGAUCCUCAUUUACUCGGACUCGGGCAAGGAGCUUCUGUUGUGGGAAAAUAACGAGGACCUACGGCAAAUUGUGAAGCAGAAAAAGGUACCGAUCACCAAGAAGUUCACCUUCAAUAUAGCUGACGGUUUUACCGCAAGAGUAAGCUUGAAGCUUCCUCCUAAUUUGGACACCAGCGGUAACACUAAGUACCCCAUGUUGGUCAAUGUAUAUGGUGGUCCAGAUUCGUUCCAAGUUAUAGACAGAUUCGGGUUGGAUUGGGGCAGUUAUCUGGCCACCAACAAGGGUAUAAUAUACGCUGUUAUCGACGGUAGAGGCUCAGGCUUAAGGGGAGACAAACUCUUGUUUGCCGGAUACAGACAUUUAGGAACAGUUGAGAUCACAGAUCAGAUCAACGUAACCAGCCUAAUUCAGGAUUCUCUUCCAUACGUAGAUGCUGCAAGGACUGCCAUCUGGGGAUGGAGUUACGGAGGCUACGCUUCCGGAAUGGCUUUGGCUGAAGACAGGGAAGGAGUCUUUAAGUGCGGCAUUUCCGUUGCCCCAGUCACCGACUGGACACUUUACGACUCCAUCUACACCGAAAGAUUUAUGGGUCUUCCAACACAAAACGACAACUUUAAGGGCUACAUCGAGUCGCAGCUUCUGUUGAAGUAUGAGGGUUUGAGGAACAAACAGUACUUUUUGAUACACGGCACGUACGAUGACAACGUGCAUUACCAACAGUCGAUGCUUUGGUCCAAGAUACUUGAGCAGAAGGACAUCCUCUUCAGACAACUGAGUUACCCUGAUGAAGAUCACGGUUUGGGUUCAGUACGUCCUCAUUUGUAUCACUCCCUGGAAAACUUCCUGGACGAUUGUUUCGUCGAAAAGGAAGAAUAAAUGUUGUUACUUACCCGUUCUCUUAACUCUGUGAAUGUUUUUAAAAAUGACUGCGUAUUAAGCAACUAGUCAAACCGAAAUGUAGCGGUCUGUUAUUUUAGGGACCAUUGUACUCCCGAAACAGCGGCAUUAUCUAAUAUAUUUUCGAGUGAUCGAGCGCUACUAUGGUGAUUGUCUUAAUUUAACAAAAAAAUGUGGCGACAGGGUUUCUAUUGCGAUAUAGAUCUCAGAAAAUAUUUGAACAUAUUUUUAUUAAGUGUAAAAAAGUGUAUAUAUUGUACGUAACAAUAAAAUAUAUUAAAACCUCUCAUUUUAUGUUA